AUGGAUAGAACUGCAGAAGAUGGCGACAUACCAUCUCGAGUGAGUCCGAGUCCGUCGGAAGCAGCGCCAUCGCAGCGACGUCGUCCCAACCGGCGCGACCCUCGGCGUUAUGGUUUCGCGUGCCAAAGCUGCAAGUCUAGAAAGAUCAAGUGUACUGGAGAACAACCCACUUGUCGCGCGUGCCAGAGGUCUGAUAACACCUGCAUUUGGCCCGCAAAUAGCCAGACGAGAAAUGACCAGGCGUCUGACGCGCGUAUUCAAGAGCUUGAAUCUGCUCUUCGAGAGAGCCAGAGACAGAACCAGCGGCUGAGCAGCCAGCAACGUGAAUCGACCAUCCACGCGGCGAGCUCCAUCGACGAGAAUGCAUCGCCUGCUGCUUCACUGUCCUCCCUUGCGCAACAACACUUGACCCAGCAUUCACCCAGCGAUGCUCGCUCGAAUACCAUCGAUGCCACGAUUUGGUCACAGGUCGGUAUAGGCGAAGACGGUGCGAUAACCUACAACGGCCCCACGAGUCGUUUCCAUGCUGCGCCUUUGACUGGAAGUGUUCCAUCGCCCCCUACGACUCAAGGUCCCGCUGGGUCGGCUGGGGUCCUGGCGUCGAACUCGGCUCAUGUCGAGCGCUUGAGGUCUCAGUAUGACUUGCUCGAUACUGUAUGGGUCCCCUUAGCCAAAUCCAAGUCCAUGGCCGCGUUUGGGAUAUCGGACGAGACGGGUUGGCAGUUGCUUGACAUGUACUGGACUUGGCUUCAUCCACUGCACAACUGCAUUUAUCGACCAGUCUUCCUCAUGGACAUGGCGCUCAACGGCACAUACUAUUCCGACUUUUUGCUCAUGGCAAUCUUUACUCUGGCUGCCCGGCAUCUCAGUCGCCAAGAGGGCGAUUCUAUCGACUCCAAUAUGGGCGACAAGUUCUUCUCUCGAGCCAAGAUGCUACUCAUGGACGAGCUCGAUAAUACCAAGCCGCGCAUACCAACAAUCCAGGGACUUCUGAUCCUUGGAGGACGGCAAUGUGCCAUUGGUAGAAGCUCCCAAGGGUGGCUUUUUACAGGUAUGGCGAUCAGAAUGAUGGUUGAUAUUGGGAUCCACCUCAAUGCGAAUCGAAUCGCUGAACUAGAGAACUUGACUCCUUCUGAGAUUGAGACGAGGAAGCGACUGUAUAACUCGGCGUUUAUAUGGGAUAAGACGCUCAGCCUUGCUCUUGGACGACCACCAUCACUAACAGGGUCGCCUUACGGACCGGACGAAAUUCUUGACCAUUACGACAAUCAACGCAGUUGGCAGCCCCUUGAUGCUGACAUUACUAAUGCUGCCUAUAACCCCACACCAAUGUAUAACACGGCAACAUUCUGCGCAUUUUGUCAACUACAUGUGAUAACGACCGACAUGAUGAUGCUACUCUUUGAUCACGAAUAUACAGAGAAUAUCUAUCCCAAGAUCGAGGCCAUGUCAAAUAGACUUACAGCAUGGUAUAGCGAGCUACCCUCCUCUCUUAAGAUCGAAGAGGGUUUGUCACAAUGCUCACCGCCCCAUAUCGCCUCUCUAAACUUUCUAUAUCACGCACUCCACAUCCUCCUUCUCCGGCCACUCCUCCACUCUCCCAACGCCUCGCUCCGCAAGUUAUCGCUCGACACAUGCGUUGACCACUCCAAAAGGAUACACACAAUUCACGACCUUUAUACCAAAAGCUUUCCUCAUCGCUUGAUGACAUAUCAAGUGAGCUACUGCGUAUAUACAGCAGCUACGGUGGAUGUGCUCGAUAUGCGGCGCUCUGAAGCCGAGGCCCGGAUUGAAGCCGCGAGACGACUUGGAAUGGCGGUUCGGACGCUGCAGGAAGAAGCUAAGCACACCCCUGGAAGUGGUCGAAGUCUGGAUACAAUCAGAAGGCAGCUUACAGUCUGGGAAGUAAGCGGCACCCCCAAUGCGUCUACGAAUCGACCGUUGGGAACAUAUGGUGGUAAUGCAGCUUUUGAGAUACAGCAGGCCGGACAAGAGAGGGGAGAACAGUCGUCCACAAAUGUGGCCACGCCGCAGCCUCUGCACGUGUCCCAGAUUCCACUCGCUGCAGACUUUGGGGUCACUGGAGCGCAGGGUGUAAAUGAAGGGGUAUCUGGCUUCAUGUCGAGGUACCAGAGCCCAUUCAGCUUUGGAAUGCUUGAUACCGGGGCUGGGUUUCAUCCUGAUUCAUUCCCAUGGGAUAUGACUGAGAUAUUUGGCAAUACGCAGGGACAUGGGCCUAUGGAGCAUAAUGAAUAG